AUGUUUUAUGAGAAUAACACUUGUCGAUAUGAAGGAGAAAUAAAAGAUGGUAAACGACACGGAGAAGGAUACUGUUUAUACAAAUAUUCACAUAAAUUUGAAUGGCAAGGUCAAUGGAGAGAUGAUAUGUGGUGUCAAGGAUUAUUUACGUGGGAGAACGGGGAGCAGUUUAUCGGGAGAUGGGAAGGGGAUAAACAAUACGGUGUUUAUAGCAGUUUUGAUGGAGUGACGUAUGAGGGUGAAUGGAAACAUGGCAUUGCUCAUGGACGAGGAAAAGUAACAAGUGGAAAUUCACAUUAUUAUGACGGAGAAUGGAUUGAUGAUAAGAAACAUGGUCACGGCGUCACGGUAGUUCCUGGUGUCUAUAGUUAUGAUGGAGAUUGGAAAGAGGACCAGUUUGAUGGAUAUGGUACGUACACGUGGUUCGAGAGUGGAGAUAAAUAUAUUGGUGAAUGGAAAAAUGGACUGAAACAUGGACGAGGUCUCCUAACAUCGGUAAAUAAUGAACACUUUGACUGUGAGUUCAAAAGAGAUUUAUUGAAUGGAGAAGGUAUCUACACAGGACCAAACGGUACUCGAUACGAAGGCACAUAUGAGGAUGGUAAAAUGAACGGUUAUGGAUGCCUAAAAUUACCUAUCGGCGAUGUUUAUGAAGGAGAAUUCAAAGACGACUUGAGACACGGUCAUGGAAAAUAUGUGUGGAAUGAUGGACUCACGUACGUAGGAGAGUGGAAAGAUGGUUUGAAACAUGGUAGAGGAAUUGAGGCUUGGCCUUGUGGUACAUUAUAUGAUGGCGAGUGGGAAAACAAUUUGAUGCAUGGAAACGGUAAAAAGAAAUGGGUUGACGGUUCGGAGUACGACGGCAACUGGAAAAAUAACCAGAAACAUGGAUAUGGAUUAUAUUCUUGGUCAAGUGGAGAAAAAUAUGGAGGAGAGUGGAGGAACGAUCUGAAACACGGAGUCGGUUGGAUGAUUACUGCCAAUGGAGAUUGGUAUGAAUGCGAGUGGGAAAAUGAUAAAAUGAACGGACAAGGCGAAGUCACUUUUAUACGUGGAGAUUAUUACGUGGGAGAGUUUAAGGAUAAUAUGAGGAAUGGACAGGGUAUCUAUAUUUGGGCAGAUGGCGCUAUAUACGAAGGCGAAUGGGAAAACAGUUUAUUACAUGGACGCGGUAAGUUGACAUGGGAAAAUGGCGCAGGCACCUACGAUGGAGGAUUUGAAAAUGGUGGACACCACGGUUUUGGAAUAAAGCGUUGGCCAAACGGAAGUCGAUACGAAGGCGAGUGGAAAGAGAAUGAAAGAAAUGGUUUUGGUACGUAUUGGUGGAGAGAUGGGACAAAAUAUGAAGGAGAGUGGGGAGAUGAAAUAGACGCUGAUUUACAUCAUAACGGCGCACAGCGUUCAAUUGUUGCGGGUUGA